GCUCGUUUUACGGAUUUAGGCUAGCAUAUAGAAUUUGAAGUUUAAUGCCCAAAUAAGAAAACCCGCGAGAACAUACUGCGAUUAUAAUCUGAAUUCCCAAAUCCUAACACACUAUACGCUCGAGCUUGAGCAGAAUUUGUGCCAGGUUGGAGCUUUUCGUCAAUGGCAAACCUUCCGAUAGUUCAAUACGAAGAGAAAAUCAUUGAGACGGUUGAGCAGAACCCGGUUGUGGUAAUAAUCGGCGAGACUGGUUCCGGCAAGAGCACUCAGCUCUCACAGAUGUUUCACCGAAGAGGCUACAGCAAAUCUGGUAUCAUUGGCAUCACCCAGCCUCGGCGGGUCGCCGCCGUCUCCGUCGCUAGACGAGUUGCACAGGAGCUUCGUGUUCAGCUUGGAGAGGAAGUUGGAUAUGCCAUUCGAUUUGAAGACAGAACUUCAGACAACACGCGUAUUAAGUACCUUACUGAUGGAGUUCUACUUCGUGAAAGUCUAGCUAAUCCUGAGCUAAAUCAGUAUUCUGUAAUUAUAUUGGAUGAAGCUCAUGAAAGGAGUCUAAAUACGGAUAUUUUGCUUGGGCUCAUGAAACGUUUGGUUAGACUUCGUGCUUCUAAUCUAAAAGUUUUAGUCACAUCAGCAACUCUUGAUGGUAACAAAGUAUCAAAGUUCUUCUCAGAUUGCCCCGUAUUGACCAUCCCAGGAAAGUUGUAUCCAGUGCAGAUAUUUUAUAGCAAUGAACGUCCUUCAAGCUAUCUCGAAUCGUCUCUGAAAACGGCAAUUGAUAUACAUGUUGGGCAACCAGAAGGUGAUAUUUUAAUCUUCAUGACUGGGCAGGAUGAUAUAGAGAAAUUAGUUUCCAAGUUAGAAGAUAAAGUACAAGCCCUUGAGGAGGGUUCUUGCAUGGAUGCUAUAAUCCUUCCCCUACAUGGUUCUUUGCCACCCGAAAUGCAGGUGCGUGUGUUUAGCCCUUCACCCCCAGAUUGCAGGCGAAUUAUUGUUGCAACAAAUAUUGCUGAAACUUCCUUGACUGUUGACGGUGUUGUGUAUGUUAUUGAUGCUGGGUAUGUAAAGCAAAGGCAGUACAAUCCAUCAACUGGCAUGUAUUCGCUUGAUGUUGUCCAGAUUAGCAAAGUGCAGGCUAGUCAGCGCGCUGGACGGGCUGGACGAACACGUCCAGGGAAAUGCUACCGUCUGUACCCUUCCAAAGUUUAUGAGGACAAUUUCUUAGAUGUUACAGUGCCUGAGAUACAGAGAUCUUCUCUUGCUGGCUGUGUUCUCUACUUAAAGUCAUUGGACCUCCCAGAUAUUGAUAUCCUCAAAUUUGACUUUCUUGAUCCCCCUUCGUCUGAGACUUUGGAAGAUGCCUUGAAGCAAUUAUAUCUUAUUGAUGCUAUUGAUGAACAUGGAACAAUAACAAAUGUUGGACAAAAAAUGGCUGAGCUUCCGUUAGAACCUUCUCUAUCAAGAACUUUAAUGGAGGCAAAUAAUUAUGGUUGCUUAUCUCAAGCUUUGACAGUUGCUGCCAUGUUGUCAGCUGAAACAUCAUUGUUAUCAGGGUGGAGUAAGACCGAGAAAAAGAGGAAACACACCAUGUCCAACCUUCCUGAUGGUUCAGGUUUCGGCGACCACAUUCAGUUGCUGCAGAUCUUUGAGCGCUGGGAUCAGAGUGAUUAUGACAUUGGUUGGUGUAAAGACAAUGAUUUGCAGGUGCGAGGGAUGUUGUUUGUCAAAGACAUUCGUAAACAGUUAUCCCAGAUAAUGCAGAAAAUAGCUAAGGGACCCCUGGAUGUACGAGCACAUGGAAAAAGUGAAGAGAAGCAGGGUUAUAAAAAUUUGAGGAAGGCUUUGUGUGUAGGCUUUGCAAAUCAGCUGGCUGAAAGGAAGAUUCAUCAUAAUGGUUAUCGAACUCUGGGGUUUAAAGCCCAAGUAGUUCAGGUGCAUCCAUCCUCUGUGCUUAAACCAGACGAACUGGGAAAGUUCCCAGACUAUGUUGUGUACCAUGAACUGAUUGCAACUCCACGUCCAUACAUGAGAAACGUGUGUUCUGUUGAGAUGAGAUGGGUUAUGCCAAUUAUCAACAAGCUUGGGACCCUAGAUGUCCACAAAUUGAGUGGUGGACUUGGUCACAUUGAUGAGGAACCCGAGGAAAAAGCUCCAGAUUUGCCCAAGAAGGGUGCCAAUGUUGCCGCUAUUCCUGAUGACCGUAAAAGCCAAAUCCAAGCUGCUAGAGAACGGUUUCUUGCUCGCAAAGGCAAGAAAUGACUACCCAUAUACACAUGAGGAGAUGGUGGUGAUCUUGACAUGAUUGGCAGUUUGAUAAUUUUAGAGUGACAGAGUAGCUGGUAUAUUGAACCAGCAUGAUCUGACAUUUGGUUAAUCCAGUUCUGUGCUCCGUCAUGUCUGUCAUCCUCAAGCAACUAUCUCCAGCAAACCUUGGAAGAUUCUGCUCUGUACGCAUUAGUGGCUUGAUGCUGCUUGGGUGCAUUGAUUCAAGUGGCUGAAGAAGUGUGUGUGAUUCUUUUAGACCCCUUGAAGAGCAUGCAAUGAAGGAGAAAUCAGAGAAAUGAUCUGUAAGUCCUUUUUUCAAGUACAUGAAACCACGAGGGAGCACAUUUGCAGGUGAACUGGGGACGGUUAAUUUGAACUGAUAUCAGGAAGCAUUGCAUUUUCACAGGCUUGGCCCCUUUGAAGCAAUUGGAAAUGAAAAGGUCAGACGAUUGGACCGAUCAUUGCAAAAGGAAAGACAAUAAAUCCUCUCUAGAAAAAUGCAAAUUUCACUUUGCCUAUGAAAGUUACUAUCAAUAUAUAAUUAGUUAAUAUCGCUGUUAACUAUAAGACAAAAAUGAUACACUGUUGACGCGUUUUAAGGGAAGCAAUGAGCACGACGAGGAUGAAGAUGAACCAUCAUUACAAAUAUGUUCUGAGGGAAAAUAAAGAAAAUUAUUUGUUUUCCUGAUUGGUUUCCCGAGAUAAACGUUAUAAAAGGUCACUUCGGAA